AUGAAGAGCCUGCUCUGCAGCCUGCUGCUGCUCAGCCUCCUCCCCAGUGUGGCCAGCAGUUGUCAGAGGGACUGUCUCACCUGCUGGGAGAAGCUCCGCCCAGCCCUGCCCAGCUUCAACCUGGAGGUGUGCAUCCUCGAGUGCGAGGAGAAGGUCUUCCCCAGCCCUCUCUGGACUCCAUGCACCCAGGUCAUGGCCAGGGACUCCUGGCAGCUCAGCCCCACUGAACCCGAGCACGUGCCAGCUGCUCUUCACCAGCCGGGAGCCUCCGAGAUGCAGCAUCUGAAGCGAAUUCCCCGAGUCAGGAGCCUGUUGCGGGCACAGGAAGAGACGGAGCCCGGCGUGGAGGAGCAGAAGCAGCUGCAGAAGAGGUUCGGGGGCUUCACCGGGGCGCGAAAGUCGGCCCGGAAACUGGCCAACCAGAAGCGGUUCAGUGAGUUCGUGCGGCAGUACCUGGUCCUCAGCAUGCAGUCCAGCCAGCGCCGGCGCACCCUGCGGCAGAACGGCGUCCAUGUGAUCCCCCGAACAGCAUGUGUCCAGCCCCAGGCCUGCCAGCUGGGAAUCAGGAUUCCUCCUUCUCCGAGGCACUGAGCACCUGCAGGCCGCAAGCUCUGCCUCCAGAACUGCCCCGUCUGGUGUCUCCUCCUACCCUUGGCAUGUUCCCCCACAACCCUGUUGCUACAUCAGAGUGUAUUUUUGUAAUCCCUCCAGCUAACAUUUCAAUGGCCCCAUCUUCCCUGCUCACCCGCCGCUCCCCUCUUCCGGGCGGGUGACAGGAACGUGAAGUCACGCUGGGGUUUUGACUCGUCGCUGCCGUAACUCGUUUGUACAAGAGCUGUUCUUUUGGACUGAUUGUUUUAAACAACUAUUUCUCCAUUAAACUUCUACUGAGCAAAUGGUU